CUCGAAAAUGGGGAGCAGCACCAUAAAUUUUCCAAUAUGAGUGCCAGAAACGACCGCAAAAGGAAGCGUCCCAAAUCGUAUUAUGUGAAGAGUGCGAAGCAAGCACGCGGUGGUGGCAAGCAGACGCUGACAGUCGGCAUAAAAGGCUUUCUGUUGACGUGUAACUUCCGCGAGAAGGACAGCGUGAGGGAGGCAUAUAAUCUGCUGAAUCAAUAUGCGGAUGAAAUGUAUGGACCUGAAGAGGACUUCCUGAAAGAGAAGAAGCAUGAUGAUGAAGGUUCUGAAGAGGAAGAGGAAGACCUUGAAGCUGCCUUGAAGAAGGAGGUCCAGGAGAUGAGAGAUGUCAAACCAAAAGACAGAAGAUUUCAGGUUGUCGACACAGGUGCCAAGAAUUGUAUCUUUGUCAGGACAACAGUCGACGAUCCUGGUGAAAUGGUCCACAAAAUCAUGUCGGACGUCUACGAGACGAAAACAAGCAAAGUUCGUCACAUUCAGCGCAUGUUGCCCAUCAGCCACACAUGCAAGGCGUACAAAGAUGACAUCAACGCGUUAAUGCCGACGAUAUUACAGCCUCAUUUAGAUAAAUAUCCCGGCGGACGUCCGUCAUUCUGUGUUGUGUUUAAAGUUCGGAACAGUAAUAGCGUUGGGCGGACGGACGUGUAUGAAGUUGUCGGGGACGUAAUGAUGGAUUGUCAGGUUGAUACGGUUAAUCCGGAUCUUGUUGUGAUAGUCGAGGUUAUUAAGACGGUUUGCUGCAUCAGUGUUGUUACGGACUAUUUCAAAUUUCGGAAGUUUAACAUGCAUGAGAUUGUUCAGAGGACAGUUGAUAGAGGUGCAGUGGGUGAAAAGACUGAGAAGGGUGUUGAGGGAAAAGGUGAGGAGAAGGCAGCAGGGGAAGUUGAUGUGGGUGCAGGAAAAGUUGGUGUGGGAGCAGACGUUAAUGUUGAUGUUGGGGAUGUGGGUAGUCAUGUUCUGGAUGGGGAGAAUGGGAAAAUGGUAGGUGAGGAGCCUGUAAAAGCCGAGGGGGAGGAAGAAAAGAUGUCAUCCGAGUCGUCAGCAGCAGUUGAUGGGGAUGAGGAAAAGGGGAAAAUAUUGGAUGGGAAUUCUGGAAAAGUUGAUGGUUGUGAAGAAAAGGGGAAAAUGGUUGAUGGGGAUUCGGGAACAGUUGAUGGGGACAUACAUGCAGAAUAGGUGUCAUCCGAGUCACUGGUCGUAGAAAACAACAAGAGGUUUGAUGGGGAAACUGCAUGACGUGCAGAGUGAAAUGAUAAAAAUGAUGGUUUAUUUAAAAAUAGGGUCUAUAGGUAGGAGCUUAGGGGUCCCAUGGUAUUAACUAAAUUCACAAUUCGGGUCUUGUACAAGCAAGAGUGUCUAUGUGAGAUACUAAAGACACCUGUUGGUCACUUGGCAAAACUUCAGCAGGCCUUCCAAGGCUCCUACUUUUACAUGUAAGUCUCACUCCGCAGGAUUGGGGAAGCAGCAGAAUUUUCAAAAGCAGCCACAAGUAGACAUGGUUUUUAGGGUCGAUGUAUUGAUCUGUAGUGUAUGCUAUGUUGUUACUGCCAUUGGUGUUCCUUGCUGUACUGAAUGGGACAUUUGCAUUUUGAAUGAAAU